CCCAAUAAAAAAAUAUUACUAAGUCUGGGGUGAAAUUAUAAAUAAAAUUAAAAUAUUUUUGUAGAAAAUAGGAUUUUUAGAAAAUUGACUUCAAUUUGAAAAUAAUGUGAUUUCAAUUAAAGCCAUUUUUGGAUUAACUUGUGUAUUAUGUCUGAAAAACUACCCAUACUUCAUAUUAUUGUAGUUGGAUUUCAUCAUAAAAAAGGAUGCCAGGUUGAAUUUUCACAUCCACCCCUAAUUCCUGGAACAGAGGGGAAAAACGAAUGUCCUUCUGGUUGGAAAUAUUUUCCUACUUUAGCUUUGCCAGACGGAUCUCAUAACUUUAUGAAUGACACUGUUUUUUUUAAUUUACCGAGUUUAAAUGAUCCCUCCGAAAGUAUCUAUGGAAUUUCAUGCUAUCGUCAAAUUCCAGUAGAGAAACUAAAGAUACGAACGGCUGAUGUAACAAGAAGUACUGUGCAAAAGUCGGUCUGCGUUCUUGCUAGUUUACCAAUAUAUGGUUACAUUGAAGUAAAACUUUCAUGUAUUGCAGAUGCAUUUUUUGAUCAAGGCGAUUUUGCUUGCACAGAUAUUCUAGUCAAAGCUUAUUGUAAUUUAAAUUCUUGUUUAUUAACGGAAACUAUACCUAUGCGCCAUUUUGAUGUCGGUUUAUCAUUAAGAGAUAUUGUUUUAAAAUGGAAACACAAAAUUUUAAUUUUGUUUAAAUUGUAUUUAUUACAAAAACGCGUGGUUUGUUUUGGAUCUCCUGUUCGUUCAAUGUGCACUUUAAUUAUAGGGAUCGCUUCAUUAUAUCCACGCUUGAUUGAAAAAGGUUUUAAAGAAGUUGCUUGUGUUCAAACAUCUAGGCCACUUUCCCCAAUGCCAGAUUUUACAUCGCCUCUAGACAAAAAAAAUGAAAUAAACAUAGAAGAUAAAACAGAAGACAGUAGCGACCGGAGUUCAGAAAAUAAAUCCCCAACGUCAGAUAGUUCGGAAAGAAGUGUAAAAGAAAUGAGAGAAUUAAUAAGAGCAAACUCAGCCGAUAUGCCGAAAAGACCGUUAGAACAUCUACAUCGUGAUGCCAGCGUUGAUACAUUAGCAUCUGCCUUAUUUCCGUUAGCAUCAAUCAAUCCAGACUCAUACAAUGCACCAUUACCAACAUUUUCUAGUGGUCAUUUGUGCUUACCGUAUUUAUCCUUGCCAUACAUGGAUCUGUUGACAGAUCCUUCAGUACUUAGUUACGUUAUAGGAACAUCAAACGUUCUGUUUCAACAAAAAAAGAAUUUAGCAGAUAUACAGGUUGAUACUGAAAAUGCAACUUUAGAUACUAACGACCAAGAUUUGAGGAGGCAAUUAGUUUUAACAACAGAAGACUUGCGUUUUGUAGAUUAUAUUCUAAGACAUGUUCAAAAUCCCAAAGAAGAAGCAGAAGGUAGCGAACAUUGGAUACGCGAACAGUUUCAAGGCUAUAUAUUGGCACUUAUUAAAACCACCGUAUCUCCAGAAAACCAAAAAGAAGUUGACCAUUUCAACUCGUAUUUUAUUUCAUCGUUUAAAAAAACUCAAUGCUUUAGUGACUGGUACCUUAAGAGACCAGAUGAAGGUUUUUUCGAAGCAAUUACAUCUGGUCAUCCAUUUUCCGGGACUUUAUCGGUAGCAGACAUGAAACUAAAACUUGCUCAAACUAUGAAUAACAGUGAAAGUGGUAGAAAGCUUAAUCAAGCUGUAAACACUACAAGUAGAGCAGUGGGUGGUGCACUAUCCCAAGCAAAAGGAGCUUUUUCUAACUGGUGGUCUUCUAUGACCACUCAAAAUCAUAAUUUAAACAAUGAAGAAAAAUCAUUCCAAAAUCAAACGACAAAAAAUUGUGAUGAUAAAAAUAAUUCAGUAGAAAUUGAUGAUGAUAAUAAUUCUCAAAUUAAAAUAGAAAAUAGUGAUAAUGCUACUGUUAUGGAAAAAAUUGAAUCUUGUCAAGAAAUUUCUGAAGAAGAAAUAAAAGAGGAAAUUUCUGAUACCGCAAAUAAUAAAACUGAAGGUAUUGUAGAAAUAGCCAAAGAAGCUGAAAUGUUAGAUAACACUCGAUCUAAUGGAAAAAUCUUUACUGUAUAACAACUUCUGAAUGUAAUUUCGAGUUCAAAUAUUUAAUUAAUAGAAAUUGAUAGAAUGUAGCAGAAAAAUGAGAGAAAUAUUUUUCAUGUUCAUUAGAAUGAAAGUUUCCUAAAAAUGAAUUACAUUUCUGAAUUUCAAAUUUUAAUUAAAAUGAAUGAAUUUAUGAAUAUAUGUAGUUGCUUUUAUAUUACCAUAUAAUUACGUGUUUCGUUUUUUAAGAAAAUUUUAAAAUUAAAGUUAGGCCGAAAAGUUCUGUUUCAAUAAUUUCAAAUUUUUAUCAGCAAAAUAUUAAAAUGAUAAUGUAAUUCAUAAAAAUAUUAUUUGUAUUAAAAUCUCAAUAUUUUAAUAAAAAAAAGGAAAAUAUUAGAAGUAAUACAAUUAAUUGAAUUGUUAUUGCUUAGUACUAGAGUAGUAUUAAUGAAAAUUGAAUUUUUCUAACUUGUUUUAUAUUUAAUUCUUUCAAAAAUAAACUAGGAAUUUAUAUAAAAAUCGGAUCUUUAUUUUAAUUUGCAAACAAAUAAUGAUCAACUUAUACCUGCAUAUUGCAGAAAAAUUAUUUCCUCAUCU